UUAUAACUGCAGAACAGACUUGUUUUUCGCAAAUAAAUUUGCAACACUGCAAAGCGGCCUCAGCAUUACUUAGCAGAGACCUAGCUGUGUUGCAGACAGAUGUAUCCCUAAUCCAAGAACCUUGGGUUUACAAAGGGCAAGUCUUAAGGAUAGACAGAGGAAGCGGCUGCCUGAUCCAUGGUGACUCGGAGCUGGGGCCUAGGGCCUGUAUCUUUAUCAAUAAGAAGCACACAGCGCUUAAGUUGCACCAGCUCUGCACCAGGAAUCUGGCCGUUGCUUCUGUGAAAAUCUCCAUAGAAGGGGCUAGGACGGAGCUGAUCGUCGGCUCUGCAUAUUUUCCAUAUGAAGAUGCCAAUAUGAAUUUAAAUAAUUAUUUUAUUAUAGAGAAAAUUGCUCAUGGGAGUAGAGAAAAAUUUAAUAAAAAUUUUUUUUUCAAAUAAUAAUUACGAAAGGCGUUGAAAAAAAAUUUUCAAUGGUCUAGUUAGUGUGGUUGUUUCUGUUAUAAAUAAUAGAUUAUUUUAAUAAAUUGCGCUGAGACACUCGUUGAUAAUAUGGAUUAAAUUUAAAUCGAGGGUUCACUUGUCAAACAUAUUAAGUGUAUAAAAUUUCAACAACGUAAUCAUCCGCAAAUUCGAUAGAAAAGUUUCAUGAAAAUUAAAGUUGGAAAAAAAUUUUAAUUGUUCGAAAGUAAUUUAAGGAAUAAUAUCUAAAAAAUUACCACGGAAUGUCAUCUAAAUAUUUUUAUUUAAUUAUUGCGAUUUUUGGAUUCGUUAAUGCCAAUCCUUUUGAUCAACCAUUCGAGUAUGAGGCUGACAGUAGACAAAUUAAUGCUGCUCCAGAUAAUUUUGAUGCACCUCCAGAGCUUCCGCUUUUUGCCAAAUACCAGAACCCAUUAGUAAAUUUAGCAAAUAAAAAAGAUACAAAUUUAAAUAUUAAUGACUAUCGAAAUGAUCCGAAUUUUCAACUACAAAGCAUUGAAAAUAAAAAAAAUAAAUUGGGUAAACUCAGAAAUGAAGAAAGUGAUGGUAAACAGGUUGUAGCUUCAGAAAAUCUUGAUCAUGCUUCGAAAAUUUUAAAAACUUCUGAAUUUAAAAGUCCAUCGCUUGAUUUAGUAAAUGAAAAGGAUUCAAAUUUGAAUAUUAAUGGCUAUGAAAGCAGUGCAAAUUCUCAAUUGCAAAGUAUCCAAAAUAAAAAAAAUAAAUUGAGUAAACUCAGAAAUGAACAAAGUGAUAGUAAAGAGAUUGUAGCUUCAGAAACGCUUGAUCAUUCAAAAACUUUAAAAGCCUCUAAAUUUAAGAGUUCAUCACAUGAUUUAAUAAAUGAAAAGGAUUCAAAUUUGAAUAUUAAUGAUUAUCAAAGUAAUUCAAAUCUUCAUUUGCAAAGUAUCCGAGACCGGAAAAAUAAAUUGGGUAAACUUAGGAACAAAAACAGUGAUAGUACUCUAGAUACCGCUUUAAAAAGUCGUCAUCACUCUUCAAAGCUGUUAGAAGCUUCUAAAUUUAAAAAGCCAUCGCUGCAUUUAUUAAAUGAAAAGGAUUCUAAUUUGAAUAUUAAUGAUGAUCAAAGUAAUUCAAAUCUUCAAUUGCAAAAUAUUCAAGAUCGAAAAAAGAAACUGAGUAAACUCAGAACUAAAGACAGCGAUAGAACAGUAUUUGUAGCUUUAAACAGUCAUCAUAAACCUUCUAAAAAGCUUUCACACCUUUCCAAAUUCCAUAAUCCUUUGAAACAUUCAGCAAAUGAGGAGACGAAUAUCAAUUUAAAUGACAAUCAUUAUAAUCAGCAUUUUAAAUCAAAACGCCCUAACUUCAAUAAAUAUAAGACAAAUAAUAUAAAAAAGGAAGCUAGCGAUUUAAUGAUAAAACUUGAUGGUGUUAAAACCAAAAAAGAACGCGACAGAGAAAUAUUCAACUACAUAACAGGACAGUCUCAUAACGAUUACGCGAACACACGAAACAAACAUCACUUUACAGAAAUUUUUGCUUCCAACAUUUCAUCGCUUCCUUUAGAAGAAGACCUCAAAGUUGGGCAUGAUCCUGAAUCAAGCAAGUCAAGCAAUAUUUAUGUAGGUGAAGACGUGACUAUUUGCUGGACAGAGAUAACGACAAUAAAAGAAAACAAAUUAUUGGCACCGCCGAACCUACUGGUGAUACGUGAAUAUGCUAUUUCAUUUGAAAACGCAGCGACUAUUCCCGAUGAAUAUUUAGAGUGUUCUAAAAUGGAAGGAGAAAUUUCAGAUGACAGGCGUAAAGUUUGCGAUUUAAAUUUUCCCUCGGCUAUUGAUCAAGACACCAAAAAAAGUAGAGUAAUAAACACGACGACAGUAAGUCGUGAAGGAAAUCUUGAUGUUACGCAGAUUAAAUUAAUUAAAUGUGGUGUAGGCUCGCUCGUGACUAGAGAUGUUUUUAAAACUGGGAAAGAAAAUACUGGUAAACGGAUUGAAAUUAAAGUAAGUCCGUUGAUUAAGAGUAUUGAAGACUACUGUCAUUCGGAGGAUGAAGAUGAAUCGAAAUUCAAUUUGAGAAAAGUUGAACAACCUGAAUAUAAUGAUGACGAUGAGGAUGGAGUAUUAUCUACUGGUAUUCAAGCCAAUAUUUUCUCUACUACACCGCAAAGUAUUGCUCAAGAUCUACUAGAGAGUAGUGAAAACACUUCAUGCUCAGGAUUACACUGUCCUCCAAAUUCUGAUAAGCUAAAUAAACAUACGGAAAUUGAUAUGGAAAUUUUGGACAAACAGAAAAAUAGUUUUGAAGAACAAUCGAUUGUAAAAAUAGAUUCUACUACUGCGACAAUCGAAACAUCGUUGAUAAAUGACGUUAAUCUUGAAGCAAAUAUUAGUUUUUCGUCGACAUCAGCACCAACAACUCCCGAAACUGUAAUAAAAACUGUGGACUUAGGCCCUGGUAAUAUGAAUGUAUUAGUGAGCCAUGAUUUGAAAGUAGGAAACAUGAAUGUAGAAGAAAAAACUACGAAAAGUGUGGAUCAAAAUGAGCAAAAUUUGAAAUUAAAAUCAACCUUAAAGACAAAUGAUUUGGAUGAAGAUUAUUCAGGAUCUGGUUCUGGUGACUGUUCGGAAGAAGUGGAAACCGAAGGACCCAUAACUUUGGAGCCAAAUGAUGAUAAUUAUGAUAUUAAGAUUCGUAGUAAUGGCAUUCAUAUUGUUCAAGAUUCAUUGACGAAAACUACGACUGAUAAAACGCCUAUUGAUGUUGAGCGUAAAUUGCACGAAAUAUCAACGACAUCUGAGACGAGAAAAAGUACAAUGCCGAUUAAUUCACUCGUAAUUGAAACCCCGGAUAAAAAUGGAAAACACCGGCUUGCCUUGAAGAUCAGAGUUUCAUUAGAGGAGAUUGAUAAUAACGAGCCCCACAGGAUUGCGGACAUAGAGAAAAACUUGACUUUAGAUGAACGACUUACUGAGCAUGGAAACCACAGCCUUUUGCAGCAAUUACAGGCAUUAAAUAACUCUGGCGAUAGCUUAGAAGCUAUCAAAGAGAUCUUAAACUGUUCAUUGCUUGAUAAAAUAUCUGAUGACGUCAUCAGUAAUCAGGGAAGAAUCCACCGCAGGUCUGCAGAGAAUGAUAAAAGUGAAGUAAUAAAAGAGUGUCUUCCGGAAAUUCACGAGGACGUUAAAACCGGCUUACAUAAUGUCUUAAGCAAAGUACCAGGCCUCGAUUCUCCAAAUGAUAAUAAAAACAAUAGUACUAAUAUUAAUGUUAAUACAAAUACGAGCACUGCACAUAAAAGUAAACGAUCAGUCGAUGAAGAUGUUGAGGAAUUGAGUAGAUGGUCUAAUGAAAGAUUCAUGAAAUUGCAAACAGGUGGUCAGCUUCACAGUAUCACCGAGCUUACUGUUUUAAGAAAUACUAAUGACGAUUGUUAA